AUGGAAAAACCAUUCAAACGAAGGGAUACGAAAGCAAUAUUUUACCAAUAUUUUGUUGAAUUUGGUUUCAAUGAACCUAGUUAUAGCAGAAAUGGAACAGGUGCCAAUACUCAUAUUUUAUAUGAAAAAGGUUGGCGCUGUCUUUUGCUAGAUGGCCAUUAUGAAAAUAAUAUGAUAAACUUGAAUAAACAUGAUCUCUUUACGAAUAAUAUCGCAUGGAUUUUUACAGAGAACAAUGUUCCGAAAAAAACUGAUUAUAACAUGAUUUAUGGAGAUGCUUUAACUCUAUUGGAUCCAACUGUUAAUUGUUCUGAUUCGCUUCCUAAUAAUUUUACAUUCGUAUUUCAACAAUGUGCAUUUGGUGCGCCAGCAGGUGCACUACGUAUUGUCGCCGAAUCACGCGGAUAUACCAUGAUUGAAAGAGUAGGUGCACUCGAUUUUAUCUGGAUGCGAAAUGAUUUGGUAAAAUAUUGCUUUCGUAUCCCUCCGUUUGAAUUGUUUUUCCACGAUGCGUACAUCGGAGAGAUUUUUCUCGAACAUGUAAAGUCUACGAAUCUACUUAAGCAAAAUGUGGACUAUGACACAUGUGCGCACAUUAAACAUUGAAAAGAGCAAUAUAGCAGUCCCUGCUAUCCUAAAAUGAAGAGACUAAUCGUGUUUCAAGAAUGUGUACAAGUUUCUCUAACACUACUCUAAUGCUUUACUAUUUGACAUCUUUUUGGUUUCAUAAAAAAUGGUCUAUGAAUUCAUAAAAAUCUUUAACACUCGGGUGUGGGUGUAGGACAUAGAUUUCAGAACGAUCGGGUAGAAAUCAGUAGAUCGACCAGUGUCAAUAGCGGUUGUGAAAAACUCAAAUCGGUUCCAUCUCUGUUGAACGCUCCUUGUGCAUAAUUUCUUAAAUUUAAGAACUACGACAGCAAAAAAGAAUCAGUUUCUAUCUCUUUUGUCUGAAAAACUACGUAGUACACUAUUAAAAAAUUGAAUUUAAUGAACACAUAGUUCAUCAUUAACAAUGGAUAGAAACUUUUGAAUAUAUUAACACUAGUACCAUAUAUUAUAAAUUAUCUUUUAUAGAUAUAGUUUUAUUUUGCACAAUAUUUGAAUACCAAAGCUAUCAAUUUACACGAAAGAAAUAUUUCAUCGUCAGUAAAAUGUACAGACUAAUGAAAAAAAUAUUCAUUUGAAUUGCACUUGAUAAAAAGUAUACAAUAUAACAAGGUCAAUAAAAACAAAGAGAUAAAAUGAUAGUUAAAUCUAUUGUAUGAAUUGGCUUUCAUUUCUUGAAUGUUUAUAUGAUAAUAAAAUUCGCUGUGAUAAAAGCAACUUAUGUGUUGGCAUCAGUUCAACAUCUAUUGAAGGUGUGGUUAUUAAUCUUUGGAAUUUCUUGUCUUUUUAGUGCAUUCAAAUAGAAAUAGACUAACGAUAUUAUUUGCACGCACAGCAU